UUUGUUGUAAUCUUAGAAGAGGGUGUCACCAUUUACGCCAUUUUAUUUUUGUUUCCUUUUCUACAUCGUUUCCUCCCUGUCUAAUUACAAAUAGCAUCCUUGGAAUUGUUGUUGUGCCGUACACAGCUGUUGCCCAUUGGCUUCAGUAGCUGCUGAAUGCAAAAACACCCCAUUCGCAAGAUUUUUAGAUAAACAUGUGUGUGUACAUACAAGUUUCUGCCAGUAACAACACCUCGUCCCAUUUUUUAGUGGUGAGUACACAGUUGUGGUAUAAAAGGAUGCUGUGCAGCCAAGGACAUGAAACAUUUCGAAUUUGUCGCGAAUAUAAGCAAUACGUAAGUUGUAGAGGGAAGCGCAUGGUUAAACGGAUAAAAUAUAAGUGAAUUGAAUUAGACAUUCAUAAAAAUUAAAUAAAUACAAAUAAUAAUUAAAAAAUCAGAGAAAUACCUUUGAGCUACAAUGGUGUACGACAUGACGCAUAUGGUGCCAGCGCAAAGCAUCUCCUUGGGCCGCUACUAUCUGCAUGAUCUCAAUGGCAUGGCAGAGAAUCACGAUUACGUCUUGGAUAUUGAUCGACGCUUUCAGGCGCGUAUGGCUUGUGAGACAAUGCCACAGGCAUCACCACCACCGCCGCCCACACCAGCACCGCGACGGCGUACAACACCAAUAGCGCACUUGGAUCCUUCCGAGUUGGUCGGUUUGACGCGUGAAGAGCGUCGUCGUCGGCGACGUGCAACACUAAAAUAUCGUACGGCCCAUGCAACACGCGAACGUAUACGUGUGGAAGCGUUCAAUGUGAGCUUUGCUGAAUUGCGAAAACUGCUACCCACUUUGCCGCCGGAUAAGAAGUUAUCGAAAAUCGAAAUACUCAAGCUGGCUAUAUGCUAUAUAGCAUACUUGAAUCAUGUGUUGGAGACGCCAUAAGCGGCAUAGUACUAUUUGAUGGGGAUAUAUUUUAUUUUAAGCGUAGGUUAAUUUUAAUUUUACUUUAACUA